AUGAAUGAAAAAAGUAAAGAAGUAAAAGUAUCUCAAAAUUAUUACGUUAGAAAGAUCAUUGAACCAUUAAAUCAAAGAGAUACGUUGAUUGAAAUUCUUCAACAAGCAAAUAUUGCAUGGGUACUUAAAUCUGCUCGACUUGUUUUAAGUCUGCACUUGGAGAUAAAUACUAAUUGGAAUGCAUGUUUUUAUUUAUAA